UCAACCCAGGCCGCUCGCGCGGGAAAGCCCCCAAACCCACCGCAGCGCGCGCCAAAAUGCCGCCGCCGCCGCGGCUAGACUUCCCGGCGUUCCCGUUCACGCCGUACCCGAUCCAGUCGGAGUUCAUGUCCUUCCUCUAUGCCGCUCUGUCCUCCGGCCCCCGCGCCCUCGCUCUCCUCGAGAGCCCCACCGGCACCGGAAAGACCCUCAGCAUCAUCUGCAGCGCGCUUCAGUGGCUCGUCGACCACCGCGAAGCCGCUGGGCGGGGCCACCCCGAUCAGGAAAAUGGCUCUGCCACCGUUGCCGGCGGUGGCGCAGGCGACGACGACGAGCCCGACUGGAUGCGGGAUUUCACCCCGCUGCUGCCGAAACCAGAGAAUAGAAAGAAGACAAAGCCUCACCCCGCGAGGAGGCAGGAACCAAGGAACGCAAAGGAUUCUGAGAAAUCCGAAGGAAUUGGGGGCAACGACAGCGAGGAGGAAUUUUUGCUGGUCGAAUACGAUAGUGAUGACGAAGAGGGCACAAGGCGGCAGUCCGGGAAGCGGGCGCAUUGUGGUGGUGGUAGUAGUAGUGAGAGUGAGGAUGACGAGGGUGAAGAGGAUGAGGCCGAGGUGACACCCAAGGUGUACUUCACUAGCCGCACACAUUCGCAGUUAUCACAGUUUGUUGGGGAGCUGAAGAAGACACAGUUCUCAGCGAAGCUCAGGAUGGUAUGCUUGGGAUCCCGGAUGAACUUGUGCAUUAACAAUGAUGUUCGGAAGCUGGGGAGCGCGAAUCGGAUCAAUGAGAGGUGCUUGGAAUUGCAGAAGAAUAAGAAGAGCAGCAAAAUUAAGGUUGAUGGUGAUAACCAAAAGGCGAGACAAGCAAAGAUAUCUUGUCAGUGUCCAAUGUUAAGAAAGAGAAGUCUUCAGAAAGAAUUCAGGAGUGAAGUGUCAGCGAAUGGUGCAUUGGACAUUGAGGAUUUGGCACAAAUAGGGAAGAAGAUUGGAACAUGUCCGUACUACGGUGUGCGUGACAUGGUCCCCGCAGCUGAUCUUGUAGUACUUCCUUACCAGUCUUUGUUGCUGAAGUCUGCUAGAGAAUCACUUGGCCUUAAUCUGAAGAACAGUGUUAUCAUCAUAGAUGAGGCUCACAACUUAGCAGACUCCCUCACUAGCAUGUACAACUCGAAGGUCACAUGCCCUCAGUUGAGGGCAGCUCUUUCGCACCUAGAGGCAUACCUCGAUAGAUUUCAAAAUGUUUUGGGAGCUGGAAAUCGACGUUACAUCCAGACCUUGAUCGUUUUAACACGGUCGUUCCAGCGAGUUCUGAUGAGUGGUGAAGAUGGUUCCUGCGCUGUGACCUCUGUCACUGUAAACAAUUUCUUAUUCUCCCUUGAUAUUGAUAACAUAAACAUAGUAAAACUUUGUCAGUAUCUGAAGGAAAGCAAUAUAAUCCAUAAGGUUAGUGGAUACGCCAACAAGUUGAUUAUUACUCAAGAUGGUGCAAGCAAUUUGAAUCAUCAGCAGCAACAUGAUGAAGGAAGCACUAUAUCAAGCUUUCAGGCAGUGGCUAACUUUUUACGCUCCUUACUGAAUAGCAAUGUGGAUGGAAGAAUUAUAGUUGCACGACAGAAGCCCGGUGGACAACCUGAAGAUGCAUAUCUUAAAUUUAUUAUGCUUUGUCCAGAGAAAAUAUUUUCAGAGGUUACAGAAGAUGCACAUGCAGUUGUUAUGGCUGGUGGAACCCUGCAGCCUAUUGAAGAAACAAGGUUGCGCUUGUUUCCAAGCUUAUCGACUAGUGAUGUAAAAUUCUUCUCAUGCAACCAUAUUGUUCCAGCGGAGAGUAUUCUGCCCAUAGCUGUUACUCGUGGACCGUCAGGCAUGGAAUUUGAUUUCAGCUUCGGUUCAAGGCGGUCCCCUGCCAUGAUCGAAGAGCUUGGACGUUUUCUUUGCAAUAUAGUGACCAUAGUGCCAGAUGGAGUAGUAAUGUUUUUUACUUCCUAUGAGUAUGAAAAGCAAGUUUAUGAUGCAUGGACGGCUUCAGGUACAAUCUCUAAAAUUUCUAAGAAGAAGUGUGUUUUCAGAGAACCCAAAAACAGUGUUAAUGUCGAAGGGAUACUCAACAAAUACAAGGAGGCAAUUCAGUCGUGUAGCGAACAUUCACAAGGCACAGGGGUCAAUGGGGCACUUCUAUUGGCUGUUGUUGGUGGGAAGAUAUCUGAAGGCAUAAACUUCAGUGAUGGUAUGGGUCGCUGUGUUCUAAUGGUUGGAUUGCCUUAUCCAAGCCCAGAUGAUGUGGAGCUGAUGGAGACAAUAAAGCAUAUAGGAAAUCAUUCAAGCUCAUCUACGGUUGGAGAUAAUAACUCCUUAAGCAGUCAAUAUGACCAUGAAUGCACAGUUGAGCCUGGUUUUGAUACACUAAGGAGGUGCGGUAAAAGUGGGCGAGAGCAUUAUGAGAACUUGUGUAUGAAAGCUGUCAAUCAAUCUAUUGGUAGAGCAAUCAGGCACGUAAAUGACUACGCUGCAAUGCUGUUGGUUGACUCACGCUAUUCAAGCACCUCAUCAAGCAGGAGUUUAUCUUGUCCUGCUGAAAAGUUACCCCAGUGGAUAAAGAGACGACUUACUUGUGGUAAAAACUACGGGGAAGUUCAUAGGUUGUUGCUUCAGUUCUUCAAAAUCAACAAACAAAUGCAUUGAAAAUAUUACGGAUCAUACGAUGUAGGUGUUGCUAUUUAAUGAAGUCGAGUAUAUACAGGUUUGCAUAUUCUUGA